UCCAAUCCCUUCCCUUCCCCAUAGAAAUCGUCCAAAUCAAACUUCGUCCUCGUUGAACUCUCGUGAAGAAUUUUCCCCUGAUUUUACCGUCUCUUUGAAUGUUUUUCUGAUUAUUAGAUGUUUAUCGAUUCGAAGAGUAAUACUAAAAACUGAUAUUCAGGCUGUGAUCUUUCCGUCUUGGCUCCCGUAUUUCAUCAUAACUGUAGCAAUCAAACGAAGCCUAAACUCAGCCCUUUCUCAUUUUACAUUUGGAAACCUCUCUUUCUUAGGGUCUCAUCUUUAUUGAUCAAAGCUUGAAGGAUUGAGGGUGGUGUCAUGCCCCGAAGCAAACGCCGCUCUAUUGCUGAAAUGACGCCCGAGGAAGAUGGAAGACACUUUGCCAAGAGACUCCGCAAUACAUCUUCAGUCAGUGCUAGGCGACAUUCCAAAGCUGAGGACAAUGCUUUUAGCCCCAAGCACUGUUUGACGUGGUUUGCAGAAUACACGUCAGCUGAUGAUCCAGAACUUCUCGGCCCAGAAGGAAUGGAAAAAUUCUGCGAAGACAUAGGAGUUGAACCAGAAAAUGUUGUAAUGCUGGUACUUGCAUGGAAAAUGAAUGCCAAACAGAUGGGAUUUUUUACUCAGGAGGAAUGGCUUAGAGGCUUAACGGAGUUACAGUGUGAUUCAAUUAGCAAACUGCAAAGCAAGCUUGAGUAUCUGAAAUCACUUCUAAAUCACUUUCCAACAUUCAAAAGUAUAUAUCGAUACGCAUAUGACUUUGCAAGAGAUAAAGACCAACGGAGUAUGGAUAUAGAAACAGCAAAAGCAAUGUUGCAGUUAUUACUAGGCAAACACUGGGAUCUGCACGGACAGUUCAAUAGUUUCCUCGAGCAGUCAAAGUAUAAAGUCAUCAACAAAGAUCAGUGGUGUAAUAUUUUAGAGUUUUCUAGGUCUAUCAACAACGAUCUCUCAAAUUAUGAUGUUGAUGGUGCAUGGCCUGUCUUAUUGGAUGAAUUUGUGGAAUGGAUAAAAGCUUCUAAAUCUAAUGAUAAAAGCGUGAGCUGAAAAAAGACCCACUUCAACGGAAAAAACAACAGACAAUUUACAGAUCAAAGGCAUCUCUUCCCGCAUUGCUUGUCAUUGAAAUUUGGCCCUUUCAACUUGCUUACUUUAUCGAUCGUACCCUGUUGUUUGUGGUAAGACUGUGCUAGUAAGUGCUCAAUUAUUGAAAAAAAAAUAAAAUAAAAAAAUAAAUGAAUAAAAAUUUAAAAAAAAAAAAAAAAAUGACAUGCGUGGCUCAUAAUGUUUUCAACGAAAAAAAUUGGAUCAAUUAGAUUUCAUUCUGCAAUUAGGAACUACAAUUUCUGGCGCAUUAGUGAAAAGUUUUAUGUCUAUAGGGAAACAAAUGGCACUUACGGUGUUUCUAAGAUCAGCCAUAAAUUGUAGUUCCUAAAGUAUAAGUGUAAUCCUAAUCAAACUUAGUUAAAAUCUGUUUCAGUAGCUUGAGCAACCUACAAAACUGUCUUUGAUAAUCAAAAUCUCUUUCUGAGCUUUUCUUUGCCUCAAAAUUACUAAGGAUUCUGAAGAAAGUUAGUUGUCAGAUGCUAGCAAGUUUUAUAAAACAUGUCUACAAGCAUUAUUAAUCUUUAUAAAAUGCAGUUUAGCUGUCUUUUAUCGGUUUCCUUCCUGAAGAUCCCAAGAAAUCUUUAUCAGCCUCACUUGUUUUCCCCUUAGCACUCUAUUUAUUGCGCAUCUUGAAUUUCAUCGCUUCAUCACUGUAAUUGAAGAGAUAUUCUUGUUAUCUAUUUUUUGUUAUGUGUAUAAAACUGUCUGUACCCCUCUAAAUUUGAAUUCUUACAAACUGUAGUAUACCUUGGCAUGGUAUGUACUUACCAUGUUCAGACGUAUUUUGGUUGCUGUUUCAUUUGCCACUUGUCUCGGAUAAAUUGGUACUUGUGUUACUUCUUUCCAGGAACCAAUGGAAGAGUAUUUGACAGAAAUGAGAUCAAUAGUCUUGCAAUAACGUUCCUUACGAUUCUAGAACGUUAUUAUAAAUUAAACUGUCAAGCUUUGUUGUGCGUUUUUAUUGGAUGCA